GGCGAUGGCGAGCCCGCCGCUGCCCGGGCCCCCGGGGCCGGCGGGCGGCGACGGCCCCAACCUCAACAACAACAACAACAACAACCACAGCGUGCGCAAGUGCGGCUACCUGCGCAAGCAGAAGCACGGCCACAAGCGCUUCUUCGUGCUGCGCGGGCCCGGCGACGAGGCGGCGGCGACGGCGGGCGGGGUCCCGGCGCCGCAGCCGCCGCGGCUCGAGUACUACGAGAGCGAGAAGAAGUGGCGGAGCAAGGCGGGCGCCCCGAAGCGGGUCAUCGCGCUCGACUGCUGCCUCAACAUCAACAAGCGCGCCGACGCCAAGCACAAGUACCUGAUCGCGCUCUACACCAGGGACGAGUACUUCGCGGUGGCGGCGGAGAACGAGCAGGAGCAGGAGGGCUGGUACCGCGCGCUCACCGACCUGCUCAGCGAGGGCCGCGCGGGCGACGCGCCCCCCGCCCCCGCCCCCGCCAACGCCGCCGCGUCCUGCAGCGCCUCGCUGCCCGGCGCCCUGGGUGGCUCGGCCGGCGCCGCCGCGGCCGACGACAGCUACGGGCUGGUGGCGCCCGCCACGGCCGCCUACCGCGAGGUGUGGCAGGUGAACCUGAAGCCCAAGGGCCUGGGCCAGAGCAAGAACCUGACGGGCGUGUACCGCCUGUGCCUGUCGGCGCGCACCAUCGGCUUCGUGAAGCUCAACUGCGAGCAGCCGUCGGUGACGCUGCAGCUCAUGAACAUCCGCCGCUGCGGCCACUCGGACAGCUUCUUCUUCAUCGAGGUGGGCCGCUCGGCGGUCACGGGCCCCGGGGAGCUGUGGAUGCAGGCCGACGACUCGGUGGUGGCGCAGAACAUCCACGAGACCAUCCUGGAGGCCAUGAAGGCGCUCAAGGAGCUCUUCGAGUUCCGGCCCCGCAGCAAGAGCCAGUCGUCGGGCUCGUCCUCCACGCACCCCAUCAGCGUCCCCGGCGCGCGCCGCCACCACCACCUGGUCAACCUGCCCCCGAGCCAGACGGGCCUGGUGCGCCGCUCGCGCACCGACAGCCUGGCCGCCACCCCGCCGGCCGCCAAGUGCAGCUCGUGCCGGGUGCGCACGGCCAGCGAGGGCGACGGCGGCGCGGGCGCGGGGGCGGCGGGCGCGGGGGCCAGGCCGGUGUCGGUGGCCGGGAGCCCCCUGAGCCCCGGGCCGGUGCGCGCGCCCCUGAGCCGCUCGCACACCCUGAGCGGCGGCUGCGGCGGGCGCGCGAGCAAGGUGGCGCCGGCGCCGGCAGGGGGUGCCCUGCAGCACAGCCGCUCCAUGUCCAUGCCCGUGGCGCACUCGCCCCCGGCCGCCACCAGCCCCGGCAGCCUGUCGUCCAGCAGCGGGCACGGCUCCGGCUCCUACCCGCCGCCCCCGGGCCCGCACCCGCCCCUGCAGCACCCCCUGCACCACGCCGCGAGCCAGCGCCCGUCCAGCGGCAGCGCGUCGGCCUCGGGCUCCCCCAGCGACCCCGGCUUCAUGUCGCUGGACGAGUAUGGCUCCAGCCCCGGCGACCUGAGAGCCUUCUGCAGCCACCGGAGCAACACGCCCGAGUCCAUCGCCGAGACGCCGCCGGCCAGGGACGGCGGCGGGGGCGAGCUGUACGGGUACAUGACCAUGGACAGGCCCCUGAGCCACUGCGGCCGCCCCUACCGCAGAGUGUCCGGGGAUGGCGCCCAGGACCUGGACCGGGGGCUGAGGAAGAGGACUUACUCCCUGACCACCCCUGCCCGGCAGCGGCCGGUGCCCCAGCCCUCCUCCGCGUCCCUGGAUGAGUAUACCCUGAUGCGGGCCACCUUCUCCGGCAGCUCCGGCCGCCUCUGCCCGUCCUGCCCCGCGUCCUCUCCCAAAGUGGCGUACAACCCGUAUCCCGAGGACUACGGCGACGUCGAGAUCGGGUCCCACCGCAGCUCCAGCAGCAACCUCGGUGCCGACGACGGGUACAUGCCCAUGACCCCCGGCGUGGCCCUCAUGGGCGGGGGCGGUGGCAGCUGUAAGAGUGACGACUACAUGCCCAUGAGCCCCACCAGCGUGUCGGCCCCCAAGCAGAUCCUGCAACCGCGGGCCUCCGCCGCCGCCCUGCCCCCCACGGGGGCUGCAGUGCCAGCGCCCGCCCCGUCGGCCGGCAGGGCCUUCGCGGCCAGUGGCAGCGGCGUUAGCUACAAGGCGAGCUCCCCAGCCGAGAGCUCCCCCGAGGACAGCGGGUACAUGCGCAUGUGGUGUGGUUCCAAGCUGUCCAUGGAGAGCGCCGACAGCAAGCUGCUACCCAACGGGGACUACCUCAAUAUGUCCCCCAGCGACGCGGGUACCUCGGGGACUCCUCCGGACUUCUUUUCGGCCGCCUUGCAUGGCAGUGGGGAGAUGCUCAGGGGAGUGCCUGGCUACUGCUACAGCUCCCUGCCGCGCUCCUACAAGGCGCCCUACACGUGCAACGGGGACAACAACGACCAGUACGUGCUCAUGAGCUCCCCCGUGGGGCGCAUCCUGGAAGAGGAGAGGCUGGAGCCGCCCGCCAGCCCGGGGCCCACGGCCGGCGGCGCCUUCGCGGGGGCGGGCGGCCACACCCAGCCCCCCCACCCAGCAGUGCCUUCGCCCGGCAGGCCCGGUGGCAGCAGCGCUGGCCGCCCCGACGGCUUCCUGACCCAGCGCUGCCGGGCAGUGCGGCCCACGCGCCUGUCCCUGGAGGGGCUGCAGACGCUGCCCAGCAUGCACGAGUACCCUCUGCCGCCCGAGCCCAAGAGCCCCGGCGAGUACAUCAACAUUGACUUCGGCGAGGCCGGGGCCCGCCUCUCCCCGCCCGCGCCCCCGCUGCUGGCCUCGGCGGCCUCGUCGUGCUCGCUGCUGUCCGCCAGCAGCCCGGCCUCCUCCCUGGGCUCGGGCACCCCGGGCACCAGCAGCGACAGCAGGCAGCGCUCCCCGCUCUCCGACUACAUGAACCUCGACUUCAGCUCGCCCAAGUCGCCCAAGCCCGGCGCGCAGAGCGGGGACCCCGUGGGCUCCCUGGACGCCCUCCUGUCCCCCGAGGCCGCCUCGCCCUACCCGCCGCUGCCCCCUCGCCCCGCCGCCCCCGCGGCCUCCCUGCAGCUGCAGCCGCCCCCGCCGCCGCCCCCGGGGGAGCUGUACCGCCUACCCCCGGCCGCCCCGUCGCAGGGCCCCGGCGCGGCCUCCUCCUCUUCCUCGGAGCCCGGGGACAAUGGUGACUACACCGAGAUGGCCUUCGGCGUGGCUGCCACCCCGCCACAACCCAUCGCGGCGCCCCCGAAGCCAGAGGGCGCCCGCGUGACCAGCCCCACGUCCGGGGUGAAGAGGCUGAGCCUCAUGGACCAGGUGUCGGGAGUCGAGGCCUUCCUGCAGGCCAGCCAGCCCCCGGACCCGCACCGGGGCGCCAAGGUCAUCCGCGCCGACCCGCAGGGGGGCCGGCGCCGCCACAGCUCUGAGACCUUUGCCUCGACCACCACUGUGACCCCCGUGUCCCCCUCCUUCGCCCACAACCCCAAGCGCCACAACUCGGCCUCUGUGGAAAACGUGUCUCUCAGGAAAAGCAGCGAAGGGGGCAGCAGCGGCGUCCUGGGUGCCGGGGACGACCGCCCCACUUCCCCCCGCCAGCUGCAGCCGCCGCACCCCCAGCAGGCGCGCCCCUGGGGCCCAGGUCAGCCCGGGGGCUUGGUCGGCUGCCCUGGGGGCAGUGGCGCCCCAAUGCGCAGGGAGACCUCUGCCGGCUUCCAGAAUGGCCUCAACUACAUCGCCAUCGACGUGAGGGACGAGCCUGGGCUGUCACCCGCCCCGCAGCAGCAUCCGCAUCCGCAGCCCGGAGACAAGAGCGCCUGGGGCCGGACCCGCAGUCUCGGGGGCCUGAUCACCGCCGUGGGGAGCAGCGGCGGCGGUGGGGUGUGUGGGGGGCCCAGCCCCGGCGCCUUGCCCCCCGCCAACACCUAUGCCAGCAUUGACUUCCUGUCCCAUCACCUGAAGGAGGCCACCAUCGUGAAAGAUCCACUGUGUCUUGACCACCUGCUCUGGAGUGGCCAGGAAUUCAUCUCCUGCUCAGGACCUCAGGGAGAAAACGCAAGCUCUUAUUUUGGGGGAGACUUGGAAGUCGGAGGUGGAUUUUAGCAAACACCUGCUAUCCAAGGAACGUGGGCAUUUGGGUUUGGGUUCUCACACGCGCUCUCACUGGGACAGUGUUGAAAUAGCCAGGGCACAUCUCUUCCCGGGACAAAAUCUGGCCCCUGUUUCUGCUUUGGGGGAACUCUUCACCUAUUAAAGUUUUUAAAGGACAUAAAGCUUUUUUUUUUUUUUUUUUUUUU